UCAACAUUUGAAAAGUGUUUCGUUAGAACUCUGGUUCCUUCCUGCCUGUUGUUUAAAUGUCGUUUUUGUAAUGAAGCAGACAGCAAAACACCGCGUUUAAGACGACAAAAGUGACUUUAGUGGGAGUUUAGAGGAAGCUCUGGUACAUUCCCAGCUCCAGAAAUGGCUCAGCGUGUAACGGCAGCAGAUGGAGGAAGCAAGAAGACGUCCAGGGUUCGAGUAGCGGUUCGUCUGCGGCCCUACAUUGGCAAACAGGAUGAGAAAGGCGAAGGGCCGUGUGUUCGAGGCCUGGACUCCCAGAACCUGGAGAUAAUCAACUGGAGGAAUGCUACAGAAACCGUCAAAUACCAUUUUGAUGUUUUCCACGGAGAACAAACUUCUCAGCAAGAGGUUUUCCUCUCAUCGGUGAAACCCAUUCUGCCUCACAUUUUAAGGGGGCAAAACGCCAGUGUGUUUGCAUACGGGCCAACAGGAGCUGGUAAGACCCACACGAUGCUGGGCAGUUCGGAGCAGCCAGGUGUGAUUCCCAGAGCUGUUCGUGAGGUCUUCAAUCUAGUCAAAUCUAAGGAUGAUGGGUGGGACUACAGCACUGGCAUGUCUUAUUUGGAGAUUUACAACGAGAAGGUUCUAGAUCUCUUAUCGCCCACUUCCCAAGAUCUCCCAAUCCGAGAGGACAAAGACAAAAACAUCUUUAUCCCUGGCCUCACCCACACAGCCAUCUCCUCCUUCUCAGAAUUCGACAGACACUUUGUCCCUGCAACACUCAACCGCACAACUGCAUCCACCAAAUUAAAUCAGCGCUCUAGCCGCAGCCAUGCUAUCCUUCUCAUCAAGGUGGUGCGAACAGAGCACUCCCUGCCCCACAGACAACAGACAGGAAAACUGUACUUGGUUGAUUUGGCGGGAUCUGAAGACAACCGCCGCACCGGUAACCGGGGAAUCCGUUUGAAGGAGAGCGGUGCCAUUAACCUGUCCCUCUUCACCCUGAGCAAAGUAGUGGACUCGCUCAACUCUGGUACAGGUGGCCGUGUGCCGUACAGGGACAGCAAACUCACAAGACUGCUGCAGGACUCUCUGGGUGGCUCGGCACACUCUGUCAUGAUCACCAAUAUUGCACCAGAGUACAUAUACUACUUUGACACUUUCAGUGCGCUCAAUUUUGCUGCCAAAUCCAAGCUUAUUGUGAAUAAGCCCUUCACACGUGAAACUGUGCCUGUGCUGCAAGUGAAGCGGGCCAGAGUCACAGAUGAAGCAGGAGUUUCUGGUGCUGAACCCCAGAAGAAAAAGCCAAAAGAUGAGGAAAAACCUGAACAGAGUGCUCCUUCUCCACCUGCACAUUUACAAAGUCUGUCAGAACCCUCGGUGCUGGACAGGCUGAUAGCUCUGGAGCAGCUAAUAAUGAGCUGCCAGAACAAAGACGGACUUUCCAUGCUGAAAGAUGUGGCCCGGUCUCGCAUGGAGAUCCAGGAGCUGAAAGAGAAGCAAAGGGAGUUUGAGAGCAAGGCCAUGCUGUUCAGUCAGAUGGCAGAAGAAAAUUCAAGAACUAAUCAAGACAGUUUCUUGAAUUCCAGCAUGGCUCCUCUGCAAAGAAAAGACUCCCGUGCAGCAAAAACCACAAAGCAGCAGGCUGUGGUACAACCUCUCCAGGUAGCUCAGCUCCAGCCCCUUCAACAGCUUGCAGUUGUCAGAAAACCUGUCUGUGUGAAGAAGAAAGUUUUGGACCAUGUUGAGCCUCCAGAUGGUAAAGAGAACAGAAUUGAAAAUGGCUGGGAAUCCCAGCUUGAUGAAUCUCUUCUGGAGGAGUCCAGGCAAAAGAUCCUGCAGGUUCUCAACACUGGGUCUCUCAAAGAACUGAAAGGUCUGCAGCAGAUAGGCGACAAAAAGGCCAAGCUGAUUCUGGGCUGGAGGGAGAUCCACGGCCACUUCUCAAAGGUGGAGGAUCUGGUACAAGUUGAAGGCAUGACACAAAAGAGGUUUUCCUCCUUCAUGAAGGCAAACAUCCUAAGUGUUGUGGGGAAGUGACUGCCUUUUUUUUGUUGUUGUAAAUACAAGUUGUACUAAAGAUCAUGUUACUAUAUACUUUGCAUCCUAGUUUUGUUUUUGCUUUUUUAACUGCACGGAUUUUUGCAUUGUAUCAU